AUGUCUUCUCCUCCUCCUCCUCCUCCUCCUCCUCUACGGUCAUGCAUCCAUGGCCACGCGCGUGUUCCCCACAGACAGAUGACACGGCUUGGUCCAUGGCCCUGCCACUUCAGCCCUCCUCUGCCGCCGCUGCGUCAAUCAACCCGUUGUGCAUCCAUCAGCGCUAUACGCUGUCUCACCGCUUGCGCUCCUGCCGCCAUAGCCCGGCCGUUGCUCUGCGCCUGCUCCGCCGCUGCGAUCGUCAUCUUUGCAUCCAAGUCUCUCACUUUUGAAACACUGACAGCUCAGCAAUCUGAGAUAACAAGCCUACAAUGCUUAGAAGUCGCGCCACAACAACACCCGUCCACCUGUCUCGUCAGCACCGACUCGGCCUUGUCGACGAUCUUCAUCGCACAAAUGUUUUAG